AGAGAGGUAGCUGAGACAGCAGGCCCUCAAACUAGGCCGAGAGCUAGCGCAUCGAGAAACAAAGGAAGAAAGACAGAACCCAAAGCUACAUCGGAGAGAGGUGUAACUAAGGCAGCGAACACUCGAACUAGGUCAGCAACAAGGAAAUCUACACGAACGAAGAAACCAACCCAACCGGCACAGAGCGAGGGCACAGUGGCGGAGUCUGAAAUGGAACAGGAUACAGUGAUGCGCGACCAGCCCUCCGACGAGUCUAACGCCGCCGAAGCUCUACUUCAACUUGCUCAGGAUCCCCUAGUCCCCGAGAGAAACCGUGAAGUCACUGAAUCGCAAGCACAGCCUCAAGACGAGCUCGAUGAAGACGGGGAAUUGUUUGAAACAUAUCAGGGGAUCGAACAAUUGCAAGCGUAUCUUUAUCGACAGCAAAGAUUGGCUGGUAUACCUUCCGAGCAAAUGGUCUCGAUGACGGGCGAACGGGGAGCUCCUACUCAAAGAAGAGACGGGGGACCCGUUAACCGGCCUGAUAACCCUAGCGUGGUGCAGUUUUCAGCGGGAGGUAGAGUGCUGGCGCCAUUCAUCCCCCCGGCAAGGUUCGACGGUGUCAUGCGACCCCUCCCAUUCGAGGGCGAGAGACAAGGCUCCAACGAUGAGCCACCAGUAAAUGAUCAGUCGGCGAGGGAGGCCCUAGACCUGAAUGAAGAGAUCUAUGGUCCAGAGGGAAGACCAGACAGAAACGAACGCACGCCUGAACGUGGGAUCCCGGCAAGAGAUUCACACAUGACUGGACCUAUGGUGGCUGUUCAGCUCACAGAGUUCCUAGAGCCCAAUGACUUAGUUAAUUUGUACGCAUGCUCGAAGAACUGGAAUGCCUUUGUCCGGCUAUACCCCGAGAAAAUAAUCAGAAACUACUCAGAAAAGCAAGCCCCCGAAUCAGAUUCCAUAUUUCCCUUCCGUUGUUAUCCCCAACUGUGCAAACAGAGACGCGUAAACGAAUCCGAGCAUGAGCUCGUGCCCGGUAUUCCCUGGCUGCUCAUGGUCAUGCAUCGCGAACGUAUCGUCCAGUCAAUCAUGGAAUGGAUGCAACGAACGGGCUACGGAGUACCGACACGGAGCGGCGUCGCGAUCCGAAAACUAUGGUUUCUCAUGGACAUACCCGACACCAAACGCCGAAAAUGGACCAUCGAGCACAAAGGGCUCUGGAGCGAUAUGGAUGUUUUCUUGGCUGGCCUCUUCAUGAUCCAGAUUGACUCGGCGCUCCAAGACGAAGACGAAGGCGAAGAUGACCUCGGCACGAUGCGGCGACUCUUGAUGGCCCAAAAGAGCCUGUCGGUCCUGUGGGAUGUGCUGAGCGGCGAGAUCUGGCAGACGGAGCUCGAGGUCGUCCAGUCAUAUGUUCGCUGGCGCUACGAGCCUCGCCCCCAUGAGCGCGCCAUGAACAACAUCCUUGGUGUUCCUAUUCAAGAGGCCGGACUGCUCCAGUACGAAUCGUAUGGUCAACACGGAAGAAGCGCCAAAGUGCGCCGGCCAGAUUCACUCGUCAUCCAUGAACUGAAACGCCGAAAACUUGAUGUACCGAAAUUGUAUCAGGCAGCCCUCGCAAUGGAGGAAUUGGUGCCGCACAAAGGCAACAAACCCCUUCAAUGGGACCUGGCACUGAAGGAGAAAGUUGCGGGAAGUGGAUUGGAUUGGCGCGAUGCCAUCAACUUGGAUCGCCCAAAAAUUACCUGA